AGGGGGAGACGCUCAGCUCGUCUGCAGCAGGAGCUGCGCUGAAUCCACCAACAGGACUCUGGAUUUAUCACCUGCGGACAGAUUUGUCCUGGGAAAGAAAGCACAAAUACUGCCUUUAUUUGUUUGUUUGUUUUCUAUUAGAGGGGUUAUUGUGAAAUGAUACCCUCUUUGAUUUUUUUUUGUUUUGAUUUGUGUUUGUGUGUGAGAGGGAAAAAAAAAAAAGCCGCGCAGUUUUGUCCUUCCUGAGGUCGGGCUGUGUUGGAGCAGAGCGCAGCGCCAUGGGAAGCCUUCCCACCGGGAACAACCUGCGCGGCGCGCACAUCCUGGGGCUGCUGUAGCGUUUCUGGAUCGAUCCGCUUAGUUUCUGUUCAGUGUUUUCUUUGCAUGAGGGAAAGGAGUCCGGGAUGCCCGUGAGGAACAGGUACAACCUGGUGGACGAUGUGGCGGACUCCAGGCUGCCGCUCCACAACGAGGAGGCUUACCAGCACGGGAUAUACUUCCAAGCCAAGUACGUGGGAAGUCUUGACGUGCCCAGGCCCAACAGUCGGAUGGAGAUCGUGGCAGCUAUGAGGAGAAUCAGGGUAAGGUCAAUGCUUAAAUUAAACUUAAGAAAAAUGUGGAGCCUAAAAGGAUUUGUUUAUAAGUCAUCCAGUGGUUUUUUACUUUAAAUAUUAAAUUUUUGG